AUGAGUUCUGUUGAAUUUUCAAAUCAGCCAGUUGUUAUUGAUAAUGGAUCAGGUGUUAUUAAAGCAGGUUUUGCAGGUCAAGAUCCACCAUCACAUAUUUUUCAAUCAUUAGUUGGUAAUCCAAAAUAUAAAAAAGUUAUGGGUUUAAAUAUUGAAAAUGAAUCUACAUAUUUUGUUGGUGAUAGAAUCAAUGAUUGGAGAGGAAUUUUAAAAUUAAAACAUCCAAUGGAUCAUGGUAUAGUUUCAAAUUGGAGUGAUAUGGAAAGAGUUUGGACAUAUACUUAUGAUCAAUUAAAAAUUCAACCUUCAGAGCAUCCAGUAUUAUUAACAGAUGUACCAAAUAAUCCAAGAUUACAUAGAGAAAGAGCAGCACAAUUAUUUUUUGAAACUUAUAAUGCACCAGCACUUUAUUUUUCAAUACCAGCAGUAUUAUCAUUAUAUGCAUCAGGUCGUACAACUGGUAUUGUAUUGGAUUCAGGUGAUGGUGUAACACAUGUUGUACCGGUAUUUGAAGGAUUUGCAUUGCCACAUGCAAUCUCACGUAUUGAUAUCGCAGGUCGUGACAUCACUGAAUAUUUACAACAUUUAUUAAGAAGAUCAGGUUACAAUUUUAAAACAAGUGCAGAGAAAGAAGUUGUUAGAAUCAUUAAAGAAAAGACAUGUUAUGUAGCCCACGACCCACAAAAAGAAGAGGAACUAUUGGAACCAGAUUCAUCAUCAUCCAAACCUGUCCAACCACAAUACACACUACCAGAUGGAAAUGUAAUUGAAUUGGGUGCUGAACGUUUCCGUGCACCAGAGAUCUUAUUUCAUCCAGAUAUCAUUGGUGAUGAAUCUUUGGGUAUUCAUCAAUGUUUAGAUAUGUCCAUUAGAAAGAGUGAUCUCGAUCUUAGAAAAACAUUUUAUUCAAAUAUCAUACUUGGUGGUGGUUCAACUCUCUUUCAAGGUUUUGGUGAUCGUCUUUUAAAUGAAGUCAAAAAAUUGGCUCCAAAAGAUAUUAAAAUUAAAAUUACUGCACCACCUGAACGUAAAUACUCUGCUUGGAUGGGUGGUUCUAUUUUAGCUUCUCUAUCUACCUUUAAAGAUUUAUGGGUAACUCGUCAAGAAUAUGAAGAAGAUGGUUGUUCAGUAAUUCAUAGAAAAAUUUUUUAA